AUGGGUGUAUCGGAUCCUGAGUGUGACAAGGUUAGCGGCAGAACUUUUGUGGCUUCCGCAGUUCGAAACCUGAUACGUCCUGAUAUCGUCGUACACCACAGCGCUGAUGCCGUCCCCGAGUACAACAACCCCCGUCUUUUUCCUGGCAUGUAUCCGACACUGUAUCCAUACGGGAUUGGCGGCUUCGAGGACAAAUCGCGUCUGACACCGUUGUCGUUCGACCGGCAGGCCAAAUACUGCCUUAACGUCUCGGAUCGUGGUUUUCGAUAUCACGAAUCCUUUAUUUUUGUCAUGCUGAAUAUGCUACAGAGACGUCAGGCUCAUCUGCAAACCUAUUUUGCUGUGCGUAAAUCAAACUUUGACUCGGUUGCUCGUAAUUUAACCAGUGUCUCUCCUGACGUGCUCAUACGACUCGCAAAUCGGCUCGAACAAGAACACAAGCUGUCGAAUCUCAGUACGGAUGAACAGAAUGCGCUCAAACUCCUCCGUCAAGUUAAUACCAUGUCCACUCGCAUCCCUGGUUCACAAGCUUCGAAGAUCUUUGUGAGGAACGAGAUCCGAAACUAUUACGGGUAUUUUGGCUUACCACAUAUUUUCUUUACAUUCAAUCCAAAUCCAGCACAUAGCCCUGUGUUUCAGGUUAUGUAUGGAGAUUAUUCCGUUGAUCUUUCGGAACGCUUACCUCGCAUGCCCACAGGUCGUGUUUGUGCAACACGUCUCGCUCAUGACCCUGUCGCUGCCGCUGAUUUUUUCGAAUUCUCUUUCAGGUGUCUUUUCCGUUACCUUCUGGGUUGGGAUUUUGAUCACGAUCGGUCUGUUGACGGCGGUGGUAUUCUAGGACACAUUCGUGCAUUCUAUGGUACGAGUGAA